GCUCUCCGAUAUCUACGCUUCAGAUGAGAUGAUAGUCAGUUUAAAUUAAUGUUGAGUUAGCUGUUAAAUGGAGUCUGUCUUCUUGAGGUUUGAUUCUUUUGACUUCGCGGCUGAUGGCCGGUUUCAGGCCGGCCUGAAGGGUUUGAACACGUGUGACAGCAGCAGAGAGGAAGCCAAACAUCUGGACCUGAAGCUCUUCUUUUAUAACAGGUUUGUGGAGCCCAUCGACCGGACUGGCUACAAACAGUGGAGCUCUGCUUCUCCUCGUGUGACUCCAAUGGACGGUGGUGUUGAGCAGCUGGAGCAGCAGACACUUUCAGACUCUGAAAUCAGUGCGAACCAGACGGCAGAAACAUCUGCAGAGACGGAGGUCAAGCCGCUUUCCUUUGCGGAGGUGAUGCGACUAGUUCAGGAGGGAAAGGAAGUUCCCGGAGCAGCAAAACCUGACAUAACACCAACCAACCAGAGUCCCACUCCUUCUCACAUGGAGAGGAGACUGAAACCCUGGGAGACAUCAUCUGUUUCAAAGUGACCUUUUACUGUGAGAUAAAAAUGUAUAUAUUUUAAUAAAGAUUCUGAAAUAUAUAUACUAUAUGACAUGUUGUUAUAGCUAGGACUGAGGAUUGAAAAGUAAAGCAGCAACAAGCGCUGAAAAAUAAUUGGAUGAGCAGAACUCAUUCAAAUCACUCCACAGGUCACAUCCGGUCACAACCAGUCGCAUACUUAAUGUAAAUAUGAGAGAAUGUAACCCAAACUAUUCUGUUUACCUUCAAUUGUCCUUUCUCACUUAGAUUACUGUGGAGAGUCUGACGGUUCACAUUAAGUUUAAUAAGCUUCCAGUGGUGGAAUGUAACUACUUAAGUACUGCAUUUAAGUAAAAUGUUGAGGUACUUCUACUUCAUAUUUCAAGACAAUUUUAUGCUACUUUAUUCUUCUGCUCCACAACGUCUGAGACAAAUAUUGUAUUUUUACUCCACAUUUAUAAACUGCUUUAGUUAUUAAUUUGCAGAUUCAGAUUUUUUAUUUUAAUAAAAAUGAACUAUUAAAUGAACACAUUCUUAAAGGGGUACUACGACCAUUUUCAAAAUUCAUACAGUACACUUAUGAUCUACGAAAACCAAAAGUAUUAGUAAACAUGAACAAC